UCCCACCCCCUUCCCCUGCCUCCCCGUUACUGUUCUACGGAGGAAGAAAGGGGGCGACAGGUAACCUGUACGGAGUGCUUCCACACAAAUAUGAGCGGCAGCGGGCGGCCCAGGACCAGCUCAUUCGCCGAGCCUCCCGGAGUUCCCGGAGCUGCAGCCGGUGCCGGAUCAGCAGUAUGCGGUGGAGGCUCAACAGGAAAAAUCGGGGCUUCACAAGCCAGUGGAAGCGGCUCGACGAGCUAUGGCAAUUUGAAACUGCCGAGAGACAGUGGCAAAGUGACGACAGUAGUAGCCACACCCGGUCAGGGCCCCGAUCGCCCACAGGAAGUGUCCUACACAGACAUUAAGGUUAUAGGAAAUGGCUCUUUUGGAGUGGUCUACCAAGCUCGCCUUAUCGACAGUCAAGAGAUGGUGGCAAUUAAGAAAGUUCUGCAGGAUAAACGAUUUAAGAAUAGGGAACUGCAAAUCAUGAGGAAACUGGACCACUGCAAUAUUGUAAGACUACGUUACUUCUUUUACUCAAGUGGAGAGAAGAAAGAUGAGGUCUAUUUAAACUUGGUACUGGACUACGUACCAGAGACAGUGUACAGGGUGGCUCGGCACUUCAACAAGGCCAAGACCACCAUUCCCAUCAUCUAUGUUAAGGUGUACAUGUACCAGCUGUUUCGCAGUCUGGCUUAUAUCCAUUCCCAGGGUGUGUGUCACAGAGACAUUAAGCCUCAGAACCUCUUGGUGGACCCAGAGACAGCCAUCCUUAAAUUGUGUGACUUUGGCAGUGCAAAGCAGCUAGUUCGAGGGGAGCCGAAUGUGUCCUAUAUCUGCUCACGGUACUACCGUGCCCCAGAGCUAAUUUUUGGUGCCACAGAUUACACAUCCAACAUCGACAUCUGGUCAGCUGGCUGUGUUCUGGCUGAGCUGCUGCUGGGUCAGCCCAUUUUCCCAGGGGACAGCGGUGUGGACCAGCUAGUAGAGAUCAUCAAGGUUCUGGGGACACCAACAAGAGAGCAGAUCCGAGAGAUGAACCCCAACUACACAGAAUUCAAAUUCCCACAGAUCAAAGCACACCCUUGGACAAAGGUGUUUAAGCCUCGUACCCCACCAGAGGCCAUCACACUCUGUUCUCGGUUGCUGGAAUACACGCCGGUGACCAGACUCUCUCCUCUAGAGGCAUGUGCGCAUCCCUUCUUUGAAGAGCUACGCCAGCCUAACACCCGUUUACCCAGCGGACGAGACCUGCCACUCCUAUUCAAUUUCAGUCCUGUUGAGCUCUCUAUCCAGCCACAGUUGAACUCUACACUCAUUCCUCCUCAUGCUCGUGCACAGACAUCACCUGCCUCACAUGAGGGCAGUGUGUCAGACAGUACCGCCCAGCCCAGCUCAGCACCUGGAUCCAUCAGCAACAGCACCUGAGACCCCCUUCCGUCAUCCGUUAUUUUGUCUUGCCCGUUUCCUUUUUUCUUUGCUCUUGUCCCUCUCAACCUUCUUCAUGGCUCCAAAUUCAUUUGAAAAAAGAGAUAGAGAACUAGACACAUGAACACCAAAUGUUGCUAUUUUCCUUGGAUCUUAACUGCUUCUAGUAGGAAAGCAUUUCUGUUGCUGCUCGUUUCAGGUAGGUUGUUUUAUUUACCGCGCACACUCAGCCACAUUUGGAGUUACUAUUGUUGGAAGAAGAAUGUGGCUGCCACUGAUCCUCUCAGAAUAAGGUAUAUGCGAAGAGGAGAGAUUUUCUGUAUUGUAACCCAACAGCUAAAUUUUAUCCCUUUUAUGUUGUUUUUAUUUGUAUUGGCUUGUUUUAUGUGUGGCGGUGGUGCCAUUGAAAGGGGCCUGGAAUGAUGAUGGAGCUGAAAGUGAGAGCUACAUGUAAGGCCUGAAUAAUACUGACAAUCAUCCUUAGUAGGCUCAGAAAUGGCACUGUUGAAUUGUGGGAUAAUGUGGAGAUUUUGUUUUUAAUGUCCCAGUUUGAUAUUAGACAAAAUAUAUCAGCUGAUCCCACCCAGAUUCUUUUUUUUAGAUAAUGAGUUUAAAAUUUUAACAUGAUAGGUGACCCUGUUGUAGCUUGUCUAUAUUUCCAUUUGAAUGCCAGCUCCUUAACUGCCUUUUAUUUAAAUAUUAGGGAGCUUUACAUGAACAUUGUGCAUGACUUCAUUUCUUUCUUACGUUCAUGUUCUUCCUGGUUAAGCUGGAAACUGAGCAUUAGGAGCUAUUCUUUAGUCAGUAUUGCACAUCUCAUACGGGAGAAGUGGGGAAGCAAAGGAACGGGUAUUGCAACAAAGUUAAACAGGCAGCUUGUUGGUGUGUGCCAGAUACAAAUGCCUCAAUAACUUAAUGCUACAGUAUAAACAAGCUUGUGCAGCACUGUAGGACUCUCAGUCACCUCUUUAGUUAUGUCACAUUUGCGGUGUUAGGUUUCAUAUGUGCUUAUGUUAAAAGAAUGACAUCGCGUCCUUGCAAAGGGACUGAAUCCAUUGUGGCGUCUAAACUACUGUCCAUUUUCAGUGUUCACUUGGAUUUUUGUUAUCAUAUAAGCUACUAUCCAAAAAAACAUUGAACACAAUUACUCCAAAUUGUUCUUGUGUGUACAAAAGAGAAAUUUGUUGAAACGUUAUCAGACACCUACCCAAGCCUAUCUCUAAUAUUUGGAUCAUGUUCUUAUAAUUGUAUAAGGGCUGACUUUAGUCAACUUCAUAGCCUAAUAAUAUCUUCUUUACACACACCACUUUUCUUACCUCUACCACAUAGAUGCGCACGUUGUCUUACUUUCACUAAUAUCAGCGAUAAUGUGACCAGAAAUGAUGCUCAAACCACUGAAACUCGACAGCUUUUGGAGCCUCCCCUUCCAUUCCUUUCAUCCUCUUUUUUCACACCUAAACUGUAAAUAUCAAGUACCAUUUAUUUUAUUAUUUUUAAUAUUGUUAUUAUAUUGUUCUUGUAUUUUUAUUUUUUUCUGUAGUAGACCGGCACCACAGCAGCCGGGCUGUUUAUUCUCAGUUGCAGUCUGUAAAUACAAUUUCAUUUUGGCCCCUGGUUCAAGAGGGGAAAUAGAACAAAAUGUUUCAGUUUUAUUCUCUCUCUGUCUCUCUCUCUCUCUCCAUUCCUC